UUGGGCUUUCUGUAAAGGUUUCACGGUCAACCGGAUAUGACAACAGAGUGUCAACAUGCAAGAUGGCUACGCAUCACAGGCAGAACACGGCCGGGCGGAGGAAAGUUCAGGUCUCCUAUGUUAUUAGAGAUGAGGUAGAGAAGUAUAAUCGCAAUGGAGUGAAUGCGUUACAGCUUGAUCCAGCCCUGAACCGUCUCUUCACAGCAGGACGAGAUUCUAUCAUUCGGAUAUGGAGUGUAAAUCAGCAAAAGCCAGAUCCUUACAUAGCCUCUAUGGAGCACCACACCGAUUGGGUGAAUGACAUUGUUCUGUGUUGUAACGGAAAGACAUUAAUAUCUGCAUCUUCGGAUACCACUGUUAAAGUAUGGAAUGCGCACAAGGGGUUUUGUAUGUCAACAUUACGGACACACAAGGAUUAUGUGAAAGCUUUGGCAUAUGCUAAAGAUAAAGAACUGGUCGCGUCUGCGGGGCUGGACAGACAGAUAUUCCUGUGGGAUGUGAACACUCUCACUGCGCUGACUGCUUCCAACAACACUGUUACCACUUCCUCACUAAGUGGGAACAAAGAUUCUAUUUAUAGUCUUGCAAUGAACCAGAUGGGAACAGUAAUUGUCUCAGGAUCAACUGAAAAGGUGCUAAGAGUUUGGGAUCCAAGGACUUGUGCGAAGCUAAUGAAGCUCAAAGGACACACUGAUAAUGUGAAAGCUUUGCUGUUAAAUAGAGAUGGCACACAGUGUCUUUCAGGUAGCUCUGAUGGGACAAUUCGUCUUUGGUCUCUUGGUCAACAAAGGUGUAUAGCAACCUACAGAGUCCAUGAUGAAGGUGUUUGGGCUCUGCAGGUUAAUGAAGGCUUUACCCAUGUAUACUCUGGAGGAAGAGACAGAAAGAUAUACUGUACAGACUUAAGAAACCCUGAUAUUCGGUUGCUUAUAUGUGAAGAAAAAGCACCAGUUUUAAAAAUGGAACUAGAUAGGUCUGUAGAACCACCAUUGGCACUUUGGGUUUCAACAACAAAAUCAACAGUAAAUAAAUGGCCUAUCAAAGGUAUUGUGCCCUUCAGAACAUCUGGGGACUAUGAGAAUGACUGUAGCACACCUCUGAGUCCACUGUGCUCACAGCCGGACCAAGUUAUUAAAGGUAUCUGUAUUGUUCUACAUGCUUAA